CACCAGCGAUAAUAACCGAAGCAGCGUCCGUUCACACACACGCACAGAGAGAAAGAGAGAGAGAGAGGGAUCAUCAGCGCUGCAGCAGAGGAUCGCUCGGCUGUCAGACGCAGAGGAAUGAUAAUUAGAAAGAGAUUGACUCGGCAACAAGAAGGAAAAGAGGAAGAAAAAGGUGGAGAAGGUGAGGAGCUGGGCCUGCAGCAGAGACGAGAGGAAUAAAGGAGGAAUAGAGGAGGAUUGAUGAGAAUCUGAUCAACAAGAAGACGAAGAGAAACCACCGAGCUCCAGAAACACAUUUUUUAUUUUGAAUCGGAGGGACAUGAUGGUGACAGCAGCAGUGGAGGAGAAGAUAGAGGGAUGAGCAGGGAUCAAUAAACGUCCCUCCUCCUCCUCCUCCUCCAUCCCUCCAUCAUCUCUGCAGGAGCCGCUGAAACCUAUGGACAACAUGGAGAAGGGUCUUGAUAUGCCAUCUAACAGGAUGAAUAUGUGGCUGAAUCUGAGCGUCCUCAUUGCAUCCAACAGGAAGAGGAAUGCCUGACAUGACAUUUAACCUUUGUGCAUCACUUCCUCUGACAGACCAUCUGCAGGAUGACAGCCUGAGUCCUACAGGUGAACCAAUGGCCUGGGAAGAGGUGAACCUCUGCUCUUUAAAGUUUGUCAGAAGAUGAUCUUUGGUAGACAUUACAUUUUAAUUUCAUGGAGCUUUGUGUUGUGUUGAUAUCUCAAGGGGUGUUUCCAGACUGUUAUUAGGACUGAGGGGGUCUGAACUGAAUUCUCGUCUCUUUUCUUGCCCCGAAAAUGUCCAGGCUUUGAUUUGGAGCAUUACCACAAAAGUUCUGACCCCAGGAUUUAAAGGCGAGACUGGAAAAACUGAGAUUAGUCAUCUUGUUUGCAAACUUGUUUACGUCAGUGCAUACUGCAUUUUUCUCCAGCAGCAAUUGGAAAACAAAUUUUGUAGAUGUUCAUGCUGGACAACUCAACAAUCCUUUUUACAAUAUGUCGGACUUAGAUGGAAAAAGGGAGUCUCUACCACCAAUGGUCCCCAUUUCUGGUUCCUGCAAACCUAGAUUCUAAUCUUCUGCAUGGAGUGCAAAGAGUGGAUACAACUGACUCAUUGACAAACACAUAGACAAACUGUGUAAGUGGAGGAAAAUACAUCUCUUCUUUUUUAUUGGAUCUGUAUUUUACCUUUCUUGGGUUUGAGUCCCAACAGAAACACUUGACUGAAUCAGGGGAUGGUCAACCACUCGAUAAACCUGUCUGAUUGCAGCCUGCAACGACGAGGUCCAUCUUGAUAGUCAAGUUAGAGCUCCAAGAAGAGAAAGUCCUCUCCCCCCCACUUACCUCUGGUGGGGGGGAGGGUGAAGGACAGCAACAUUUACGGGUGUAGGGCUCAGGGUGUAAUUUGGUAGUUGUUAGAGGUUAGGCUGUAGAGUAGACUGUAGAGUAAGGCAGCUUAACUCUGGGUAUUAAUAGUCUUUUGCUUCUUUACUUGUUUUACCAAAACUAACUUCUGUGAUAUCUAACCUGCAGAUAUUAGCCUUUAGCUCUGCUCUAGAAAGUGCUGAAGUUUAGCAAUAAGCUCAGAUCCAGUUGUCAGUGUACAACCUUGAUCUAAUCAGCUAGCUGUUUUAAGGCUCUUUAGUUUUGAAGUUAGAGCAUAAGUGAACCCCGGUCGCUCUGCAGUCACCCACUUCUCAAGCCUGAGGUUUCCAAGCCUUUAGCCUGUGUGCUAGCUCUCAAACCAGCUAAACAUGGAUGCUAAUCAAGGCCCAGGCCAAGGCAGCCCAGAAAGCCCAAACCGGGCCGUGGAGUAUCUUCUUGAACUCAACAACAUCAUCGAGAGCCAACAGAAGCUUCUGGAAACCCAACGGCGCAGAAUCGAGGAACUUGAGGUCCAGCUUGACCGGCUUAGCCAGGAGAACAAGGACCUGCGGUUGGACCGACAGCCUGUUGCUCCACCUCCACCUGCACCUCCUCCUGAACCUCCUCUCCCUCCUCCUCCACCGCCGCCUCCACCGACCCAGGCCACAUCAGCAUCAGUUUCUACCAAGAGCCACCACCAAUACCACAACAGCCAGCACCAAGCUCCUUCCCAACCUCCUUCUUCAAUCUCCCUCCAUCACAGCCACCACCACCACCAGCAUUAUCAGCACCACCACCACACCUCCACCCACCACUGCUACAACAGCACCAACAGCACCAGUAUGACUGCUAUUCCAGUUCCUGCCCCUGCUCCAUCUUCGGUCCCGACCUCCAUCUCAAUCCCAACUUCAAUCCCAGCUCCGAUGUCCUGUUCAGCACCGGCCCCACCUCCACCUCCUCCGAUCCCGCCCAGGGAUCAGCCAAGAGCCCACAGUCGGCUGACCCGGGCUCCAUCCACCAGUACUGGCACCAACACCAACUUUGUAGAGAAAGAAAAGGAGAGGCUUGAACGCCUGCAUCGAGCCAAUUCCUCCAACAACCACCAUGCCCACACGCUCCACCACCACAAAUCGUCUUAUUCCUCCUCCACCUGUUCUACUACCACCUCCUCUUGUCGUCCCUCCAACAACCCUACUAGCAUCACCACUCCUUCCUCCACCUCCUCCUCCUCCUCCUCCUCUCUCUACUCCUCCAGCCUACCUCCUAACAGCCACGCCACCUACCAUCAGUACUGCUGUCCCGCGCGCCUCCGCCUGCCCAAGCCUCCCUGCGCCCUGCCCCCCGCCAAGCACCACGAGCAGGCAAGAGAGGAGGAAGAUGAUGACAUCGCCCAUCAGUUCUGUUGCCCCGCCUCCGAGUGCAGUAGCCCCUCUUCUAGGUAACCAGGGGCGACCUGAGCCACUCCUCCACCUGCCCCGCCCGACUCUCGCCUGGUAAAGUGGCGGGGUUGAUUAUGAACCCUUUCUCCCUCCAUGACUGCCUGUGUCUCUCUUUUCCUUUCUUUUAACAUAAAACAUCCAUAAACUGUUGUUCAAACCUGCGAGGUUUAAAACAAAACCAAACAUGAGGAGAAAAUCUGAAAACUUUCAAAGAAAAUAAAGAAACUGGCACUGCACUUCUGCUGCUGAUCCAUGAGUUUGUUAAACUGGAGAUACAUUUUCAUAAAGAGUUGGGCCUGUUGGGGACAGAGAAAGUUGCUCUGCAGCUUUAAACCAUCAGGACCAAAAACUCUAUCUGUCCAGCAGAGACUCACCUGGAGAUGUCCGCAGGAUGCAGGGACACACUGGACUGUCUUUGACCUCGUCUCUCCUCUAGUCUCCUAGUUUGGGUCUGACUUAAACAGUUUAUCCGCCCUCAUCCGAGCAUGAAGCCAUGACCCCUCUGUGUUCUGACCACACUGUGCACUGAGCCGGAGGGAGACAGAGUCCGACAUAAUAGCUGCAAAAACCAGCAGGUUAUGGCUGGAGGGGCUGCGAUUUGUCUCGACUCUGUCUCGGGGCUCUGGUGUGCCACAGCAUGUCUCCUCCCCGUUACAUCUAACUCUGUGAAUGAAGGUCUGAAGACUCGUCUGGUCUGAAAAAGUUCAGCAGCUCUCCAUGAACUGUUGGAGCAGCUGCAACAGGAAACCAGACGUGUCCUUCUGGUCAGCUGAUGACAAAGCGCCAAAAUGUUCAGCAAAUGCACUGAUAUGAUUUUGUUUCCUCUCUGUCUUCUUUUAGAGUCAUUCUUGACCCUACAUUCUGCAACCAGGGUUCUCCUUAGGACUGCUCAUUUUCUGAUUUCAACAAUCUAUCACACCCAAACAUAAUGCUGCAGGGAGAGUUAGCAUGAAUCAGUUACAGGAGGGAGAGAAGAUUCCUUUGAAUUAGGGUAUAUUCUGCAACCACCAGGUGGCACCAAAUGGGCAGAACAGAGUUUUGGUGUUGAUGUCAUGCAUAGAGAAAUUUAUGGGGAAGCAUUCAAAGCAACAUGUAAAUCAUGCUAAGCUAACUAGCCUGGAUCUAAGCUGACUCAGAAAGAAUAAGAGACUGAUCUCUGAAUUGACGCUAUACAAAUAAAGAUUGAUUGAUUGACUGAUUGCAGCCUGUAGCCCGAAGUCUGCAGCUUGCAGCCUGUAGACUAUAGCCUGUAGAUUGUAAACUGUAGCCUGUAGCCUGUAGACUGUAGACUGUAGACUGUAGC